GGGCUGCCGAGCUGAGUGGGAGUGACGUAGCGCGUGAGUGCCGGUCACGUGGCCCGAGGCGGCGCAGGCUCCUUCCGGCUCCCCAGGGCUGGGCUGCGGCGCGGAGCUAGACGCCCCGGCACAUGCGCAGUGGCGCUCCACGUGAACGCCUGCGUUUCUCCUCGGACCUGAGGAUGCCGCCGGAACGCCGGAGCCGGACGAAACCAGAGCGGAGAGCCGGCGCGAUGCCGGGGAGGGAAGCCAGACCCGGGAGCGGCGGCACGCCCCGAAAGGCCGCCCGUUCAUCCCAACGGACACCGCAGGCCGGGCAGAGGGCGGCCCCUAGCGCGGUCACGGCGGUGGCGGACGAGGAGGAGGAGAGCCGGCUUCGGCAGCGGAACCGCCUGACGCUCGAGGACGACAAGCCGGCCGCCGAGCGGUGCCUGGAGCAGCUGGUCUUCGGCGACGUCGAGGACGACGAGGACGCGCUGCUGCGGCGGCUGCGGAGCUCGCGGGGUCAACUACGUGAAAACUCAGAAGACUCUGAAGUGGAAGAUGAAGCAGAAGACAAUCUUCCUCCUCAGAAGAAGCCAGUUUGGGUGGAUGAAGAUGAUGAAGAUGAGGAAAUAGUUGACAUGAUGAACAAUCGGUUUCGGAAAGAUAUAAUGAAAAAUGCCAGCGAAAGUAAACUUUCUAAAGAGAAGCUUCAAAAGAGACUUAAAGAGGAAUUCCAGCAUGCCAUGGGAGGAGUACCUGAUUGGGCAGAGACUGGGAGCAAGCGGAGAAAAUCUUCAGAUGAUGAAAGUGAAGAGGAUGAAGAUGAUUUGUUGCAAAGGACUGGGAAUUUCAUAUCCACAUCCACUUCUCUUCCAAGAGGCAUCUUGAAGAUGAAGAACUGCCGCCCUGCCAAUGCUGAACGGCCUACCACUGCUCGGAUCUCAUCAGUGCAGUUCCAUCCUGGUGCACAGGUGGUGAUGGUCUCUGGGGUAGAUAAUGCCAUCUCACUAUUUCAGGUUGAUGGCAAAACAAAUCCUAAAAUCCAGAGCAUCUAUUUGGAAAAGUUUCCAAUCUUUAAGGCUUGUUUCAGUGCUAAUGGAGAGGAGCUUUUAGCCACAAGUAUGCACAGCAAGGUUCUUUACGUCUAUGAUAUGCUAGCUGGCAAGUUAAUUCCUGUACAUCAAGUGAGAGGUUUGAAAGAGAAAAUAGUGAAGCGUUUUGAAGUCUCCCCAGAUGGAUCCUUCUUGCUCAUAAGUGGCAUUGCUGGGUUUUCUCAUUUGCUGUCAAUGAAGACCAAAGAACUAAUUGGUAGCAUGAAGAUUAAUGGAAGAAUUGCAGCAUCCACAUUCUCUUCCGAUAGUAAGAGGAUAUAUACUUCUUCUGGGAAUGGAGAAGUUUAUGUGUGGGAUGUGAAUUCGAGGAAGUGUGUUAACAGAUUUCUUGAUGAAGGCAGUUUAUAUGGAUUAAGCAUUGCUACGUCAAAGAAUGGACAGUAUGUGGCUUGUGGUUCUAAGAGUGGAGUGGUAAACAUAUACAGUCAAGAGUCUUGCCUCCAACAAACAAACCCAAAGCCAAUAAAAGCUAUAAUGAACCUGGUCACUGGAGUCACUUCCUUGGCCUUCAAUCCCACUACAGAAAUCUUGGCAGUGGCUUCCAGAAAAAUGAAAGAAGCUGUCAGAUUGGUUCACCUUCCUUCCUGUACAGUAUUUUCUAACUUUCCGGUUUUUAAAAAGAGUGCUGUUUCUCGUGUUCAAACCAUGGAUUUUUCUCCCAGAGGUGGAUACUUUGCCUUGGGGAAUGAGCAAGGCAAGGCCUUGUUGUAUAGGUUGCACCAUUACUCAGACUUCUAAAAAUGUUUUUUUUGAAAUCCGAUUGAACCCAUCUCAAUACAUCUUCCCAGAAAUUUCCGAGUGUGUGUGAUAAUAUAUGGAUAAUGACUUGUGGAAUCUGUGCUUAAAUUAGCAGCAAUGUCUUAAUAAAUGUUUAACUUUUGUUUAAAAAGUA